AUGGCCCUCGAGAAGAUCAAGGAGAAGUACGAGGCCGAGCGCGCCAAGCGCCUCCGGCCCGAUAUGCAACAGCAAUACAUCGACACGCGGGCCGACGAAUUUCCCAAGUCACUUGUAGCCGAUCCCUGGAUCGACUACGACGCCAUCGCAGCCCAGGAGCCCCCGGUGAUGGACGGCGGAGAGGUCAAGGUGCUCAUCAUCGGGGCGGGCCACAACGGCCUCCUCCAGGCCUACCGCAUGAUAGAGGCCGGCGUUUCAGUCUACGACAUGUGCAUCGUCGAAGCGGCGGGCGGCUACGGCGGCACCUGGUACUGGAACCGCUACCCGGGCCUGAUGUGCGACGUCGAAGGCUACACGUACAUGCCGCUCCUGGAGGAGUUCGGCUACAUGCCGAAGCAUCGAUACUCGUACGGGCAGGAGAUCCGGGGCCAGAGCGAGCGCAUCGCGAGGCGGACGGGGGUGGACGAGAGGUCGCUUCUCGGGACGCACGUCGACAGCCAGACGUGGGACGAGGUCGCCGGGCGGUGGGCGGUGGCGAUGACGCAGGACCUGGGACCAAAGCACGGCAAGCGAAGCAUCACGGUCAAGGCGCAGUACGUCAUCUUCGCUACCGGGGGUCUCCCCUUGCCCAAGGUCCCGCGACUGCCGGGCUUGGGCGAAUGCGUGGCGGCCGGCAAGGUCAAGGUCAUCCACACAUCGCGCUGGGAUUACGAAUACACGGGCGGGACUCAGGCCGCGCCGGACAUGGUAAACCUCGCAGACAAGCGUGUCGCGGUGGUGGGCACCGGCGCGACGGCGAUUCAGGUGGUGCCGGCCGUGGCCAAGUGGGCCAAGCACCUGUAUGUUGUGCAGCGCACGCCGUCGUACGUCGGUCCGCGGGGACAGGAAAAGACGGAUCCGGAAAAGUGGAAAAGGGAGGUGGCUUACAAGAAGGGCUGGCAGAAGGAGCGCACGAUCAAUUUCAACCAAUGGAUCUCGGACGCGCCGCCAUCCGAUGGCAGAAACCUCGUCGACGACGGCUGGACGCACACUCCGGCGGCAUCAGGCCUGCCUGGCAGUAACAGAAAGGGCAUCAUACCGCCGGAAAAGAUCCCCGAGCACAUUGACGAGAUGCUGGAGCGCGACGUCGAGAGGACUGCUUUCGUGCGUGACCACAUAAAAAAGACGGUCAAAGAUGCCGUGACGGCCGAAAAACUGACGCCGUGGUAUCCAUCAUGGUGCAAGAGGCCAACGUUCCACGACGAUUAUCUCGACGCCUUCAAUCGCGACAACGUCACGCUGGUUGACACGAACGGCAAAGGCAUGGAGGGUUAUGCAAACGAUGGCAUCGUCGUCAACGGCGAAAAGCUCCAAGUCGACGUGCUCAUUUUGGCAACCGGCUUCGCCGUCACUACAGUCAUGACCAUCGACCAAACGAUAGGAGCCACCGUCAAGGGCGUCAACGGUCGUGAUCUGGGCGAGUACUGGGCGGCGAAAGAUUUCUUGACACCGUACAUGGGCUUUGGCAUGCGCGACUUCCCCAACAUGUUUGGGUUCUCGUCUGUCGGGGCCGGUGCAUCGUACAACAUGACCAGCAUGAUGGACAUCAUAGCCCGAGUCAUUGCGCACACGGUUGCGACGGCGGAGAAGCAGGCCGGCAGCAGUGCCGCUGACAAGGUCGUGAUCCAGCCGACACGCGAAGCACAGGAAAAACACAGCGCCGAGGUCAGGAAGCGGGCUACGUAUAACUCCGUUCUAUCCAUCUGCACCCCGACUUACUUUACCGGCGAGGGCUCCUUGCUGAUUCAGCCCGAAUCGCCCGAGGAGCGCGUCGCAAAGGCUAACCAUUCGGGUUGGGGGACUGGACCUGUGGAUUGGCUCGAACACGCUGAGAAAUGGAUGGCUGAGGGUAUUGACGGGUUCGAGAUUAAGCUCACUGGGGGAGCAAACAGCUUGCCUAACUGA